CAUGAUACUGGCUUUACACAAUCAGGCCAGGGCCGUCGAACUGUGGUCGAACAAUCGGAAGAACAACGAGAGGCCAGGAAUGCAUAUACUUCUUGGAAACGUCAGAUCAGAGAUCCUCCAUACAGUAGGUACAGCAGUGUUCUAUCCCAAACAUGGACCGAUGCUGUUGCAAUACUCAACAACGAUGACGAUCGCGAAUGGAAACAAGUACUACCCCGAGACCUCGACAGUGAUGAAUUAUGCGGCCGUGAGCACAUCCAAGCACUCAUGAACGUCAAAGCCCCAAGCGGAGAGUUUGGUUGCUACAUCAAAGCUUGCUCUGCUUUCCUUCAAGUAUUCACGCACACGGCGCUUCUCCAUUGCCUGUCCGUGGACACUUACGUCGGAGCACUCUAUAACUACAUCGGUGGGCCUCAAGGCAAGCGGGCCAUUCCGUUCUUCGAGCGACUUUGCCUUGCUCUGGUCAGCCAUCACAAUGAGGGUUCUGGUAGUUCCGAUUCGUUGAUCAUGGAAGACGCACUCGUCAAUAUGUCCACGGCCUUACAUGAACUUUUGCGAAGAGAGCCACGCAUCAGGUUCAACGACGAUCUUCCGGGCCUGAUAGAUUCAAUCGAGCGCACGGCUGCGUCGUUACUCGGCAGUCAACCCUCUUUCGCAUAUCAGAUUGUCACAACCCAGGUCAAACAGCUGAGAGCAUUGGUUGCCCAUGCAGGGCAACUGGUGGAGUCCGAAGAGACAGAUGACCUUUCCUUUCCAAUCGGCACGUCGUCCACGUAUCCUCGAGACAUCGUCCUUCCCCGUGAUCGUCACGAUAACGAUAAGAUUGACAUGACGAAAAUUAGCAUAUUCCCAACGAUGGGUGAGAUACUAAGCGAUGCUGUUGAGUUUCUUCCAUCAACGGACCGGGACCAAACACAUUUCCAACCAGAUCCAAUUGCACGGCACUUCGAUACCUUGUUCCGCCUCUUCCGCCACGACACAUUUGGCGAACUGAAAGAAGCCCUUGGAAAUCUCAUCAAAGCGGCGCAGGACGACCCCUCGGCGCUCCGCAAUCCGAAGCACGCGCUGGGCGACAUCAGAGCCCGCCAUUAUAACAGUGCACAUAUCGCACACGUUGCGUUUAGUCGAAACCACGGGUUGGAGGUGCACUUUCAAUUCCAGCUGCCUUCGGCUGUUCGCAGCAAAAAGGCAGUCGAGAAACAGAACUUGAAAUACCCGCAAGAUGAUAACCAUGCCACUGUUGUGACGAAGUUGGUUGCCCAGGACGAAGCAUGCCUUAAGACUAUGAUCGAACUGAGCUGCCAAAGGAAUAAAGGAGUGUUGAUCGAGUUUUCGAGCGUCCUGCCGGCGACCUUCGUCCCAAUACUCGAGAACCUACAGGGAAUGCAACGAACCGGUCGUCUUCCCUUCCAUCAAUGGAUCUUACCCGACAAAGUUGCGAACCCCAAGGAAACCCUGCUCGACAUACCCCCACCUCUGUACGCAAGAAAGCCCGGGUUCUCGUUUCCAAUGGAGGCAAUAAAGGUCUCCGGGGCACGCAGCGUGAAGGUUCCCUCGUCGGCUUCUCCUGACGACACGGUUCUUAUUGACAGUCUGGAGGAUUGUACGUCCCUCGAUAGGGGACAGCGCGUCGCACUGAUUGCUGCGCUGACUAGGGAGUUUGCUUUCAUACAAGGUCCACCCGGCACGGGGAAAACGUAUCUCGGGGUGCAGCUCAUGAGGGUCUUGUUGUCUAUCAAGGAUCUUGCGGACUUGGGUCCAAUUGUUGUUGUGUGUUACACGAACCACGCCCUGGAUCAAUUUCUUGAGCACCUAAUCAAAGUCGGCAUCGUCAAGGUCAUCCGUAUGGGCGGCCAAAGCCACUCCACCCUCCUCGAGGAACACAAUCUCCGCUCCAUUUCCAAGGGCGAGGAGAGAACCCGACAGGAAGGCUGGCAGCUGGCGUCGUCGUAUGAGAAACUGGAGCGAAACGAGGAGGAUAUCAACAAGUUUCUCGGAAGAGUUCACAGUUUGCACAAACGGAGCAGCUGGAAGGACUUCGAGCACUCUCUGCGAAGGGCAUAUCCUCUCGUUUAUCGGCAGUUCAAUGCCGUUGAUGAAGAAGGAUUCAAAAAGGUCGGAAGACAUCCUUUUGACAUUUGGAAAUCGAGUGGCGCCCAUACACCUGAAGAAGGCGAAGUGGCCGACGACGACAUAGGAAAACCAGACAUGGAUAGGAUAAUGUGGAGAGCCAAUAAAAGUGUUAACGACCUGUCAAGACUUGAGCGCACAGCCUUGAUUGAGCAUUGGUGCGCAAGGAUCAACGCGGACACAUUCAAUGAACUGUUCGGUCUAAUCGAAGAAGCCAACAAUACAACCGCCGGAAAACAAAAGAUCUACGACGAGGUCGAUCGUCGCGUCCUUCAAGGAGCAGACGUUGUCGGUAUAACGACCACUGGUCUGGCAAAGCGUAUCGCGAUGCUUCAGCGCCUGCGUUGCAAAGUCGUCAUCUGCGAGGAGGCGGGCGAAGUCAUGGAGCCGCAUAUGAUAUCUACGCUCCUUCCUACCGUCGAGCAUUUCAUUCAGAUAGGAGAUCAUGAGCAGUUGAGACCGACGAUCAAUCAUCACAAACUCUCACUCGAAAGUCGACAAGGCGCCUUGUAUCAAUUAGAUCGCAGCCAGUUCGAGCGCUUGUCGGUUGGAGAACGUGGUAGGCCAAAACUCCCUGUCGCGCAGCUCGAUGUGCAGAGGAGAAUGCGUCCUGAGAUCUCGACACUUGUUCGGGAAACCAUAUAUCCCAAGCUGGUGGAUCACCACACUACGACUAAGUUACCUGAUGUUGUGGGCAUGAGGAAGAAUGUUUUCUGGCUCGACCAUCAGAACCUGGAAGAGAGCAAGGACACAGAGUCACAUCAUGAAAAGUCCAAGUCAAAUCUGUGGGAAGUUGAGAUGGUGCACAGUCUCGUCCGUCACAUCGUCCGCCAGGGAGCAUAUAAAAGCGACGAGAUAGCCGUCUUGACGCCUUAUACUGGUCAGCUGCAAAAGCUGCGGGCGGCAAUGCGUCAGGAUUUCGAGAUCGUACUCAGUGAUCGGGAUGAAGAUGCAUUGGCUCAAGAUGGCUUCAAUACAGGAGACACCAGUUCGGAUGCAGAGGCAGCAGAGCAAGCUCCUGAUAAAAACAAGCGUAAGCCACUCGCUAAAAAGCAGCUGAGUGAUUUGUUACGAGUUGCUACCGUCGAUAACUUCCAGGGCGAAGAAGCAAAGAUCAUCAUCGUUUCCUUGGUCAGAAGCAACACAGCUCGAAAGGUGGGAUUUUUAAAGACCACGAAUCGUAUUAAUGUCCUCCUCAGUCGAGCACAACACGGGUUGUAUCUCAUCGGAAAUACAGAUACAUAUUCCAAUGUACCUAUGUGGAAGACGGUCAUCGAAAUGCUUCAAAGCAAGGAGUCUGUCGGGGAAGCGUUUGGUCUUUGUUGCCCCAGACAUCCAGAGACAGAAAUUGAAGUGGCACUCCCGGAGGACUUUGCCAAAUAUAGUCCUGAAGGUGGAUGUCGACUUGCAUGCGAUCGACGUCUUUCAGAUUGUGGUCAUCGUUGUGAAGCUAGAUGCCAUUCACAAAGCAUGCAUGAUGUAUUCGCAUGUCCAAAGCCUUGUGAGCGUCUGCUCCCACGUUGCGGACAUCCUUGCCAGAAACAAACCUGUGGUGAAGACUGCGGCCGGUGUCUCAUUCAAAUCGACGACGUCAAACUUCCUUGUGGUCAUUGUAAAGAUCGAGUCGAAUGCUACAGAACCGAGGAUGUCGGUUUAAUAAGAUGCACAGUCAAUGUCAGGAAAGUGGUCCCCGGCUGCAAGCACAAGAUUACGGUUCCUUGCUUCCGAGAUGUAACAUCAGAACUAUACCAAUGCCCUACCCCAUGUUCGAAGCUGUUGUCGUGUGGUCACCCCUGCUCUGGGACUUGCGGCGAGUGUAUCACGAGGCCUCAAAACGGGGGACAGAUCGAAGAGCAUCAAACAUGCCAAAAGAUUUGUGGCCGACGAUUUGGCACAUGCAACCAUACAUGUCCAAGACCGUGCCAUGAUGGAAAGGAAUGCGGACCCUGCGUUUCACCCUGUGAGGUCCAAUGUGCGCAUUCAAAAUGCACACUGAAGUGCCACGAAGCCUGCGCACCUUGUGUAGAGCCAUGUGCAUGGAGCUGUGAGCACCAGGGAGUUUGUACUCUCCCGUGCUCGGCUCCAUGCAAUCGUCUCCCCUGUGACGAACGCUGCACCAAGCUUCUGUCCUGUGGUCACCAAUGUCCAGGAAUAUGCGGCGAAAUAUGUCAUGAAGACUAUUGCCACGAUUGCAAAAAGCGAUAUGACGACAGAGUUGAUAUGUUAGAGUUUAAGACUUACGCUGAGAUCGACGUUACCUCGACACCGAUCGUUGUGCUCGGCUGUGGUCAUUUCUUUACCGCAGAGACGCUCGACGGCAUGAUGGGGAUGUCAGAAGUAUAUGGGAUGGAUAGUUCUGGCUCCAUGAUUGGACUUAAGGAUAUUUCUGGAUCGCUGGCGCCCUCAGUUCCAAAGUGUCCUAACUGCAAUCUUCCGGUCCGACAGUAUGCGACGCAGCGAUUCAACCGUGUAAUCAACAGAGCAGUCAUUGAUGAGAUGUCGAGACGCUUCUUGGCGUCUGGCCAAAUGAGACUUACGCGGUUAGGACAGGAAGUGAAAGAGCUGGAGGAGAAACUGACAAGAACCCAAUCAGCUUUUCUACACCCUCCACUUAAUUCUCAGAUCGUGAAUGGAGGCCACGAAAAGGUGACGGUCAUCAGCAAAAAGCAACUCAAGGACCGAUAUAACCGAGCAAUGGAACUUUCAAUACUGAUCAAACGCUUCCAGAAAGAAUUCGCAGAUCGACAUCAGCCUGCGCAAAAGCUUCACCAGGCCACUCUGCACGCGAUUAGACGAAACGCAUCGCUAGAAGACGCAUUCGCGAAUCUCGGUGUAUCGGAUACGACUCCAGUCCCAGAACGGGACCGCCGGAUUGCGCUUGGCGCUCAAAUACUGUACAUCAAGAUAGAGUGUGUCAGUAUUGAAGACAAACUCUCAGUAUUUGUGGCUCCUGGCCUGGAAAACACCGACGAUUCAUCGACACCAGAAAGCUGGGCCGUGAAACUAACUAAACCGUUCCUCAAGAACUGUAACGGCUUCAUUGAUUCAUGUACUAAAGAGAGUCUGCCACAACUGGCUGUACAAGCCAUCAUUUUCUUCUCUCGCGUCGUUUUUAGUUUUCAUUCUAUGCGAAUCCUGGGCACCGAAAGCCGCGCCAUGGCGAAACAGUUCGUCGAACAAGCGAAAGAGCUUCUUCAGAACGCCAUUGAGCUAUGCCAACAACCAUUUCGAGAUGCCGAGCAAUUGAAAGUAGCAGUGGAGCACUCACUCGAGCUUCUCGGUAGAGAAUGGUACGAAGAAGUCACGGCAGAGGAGCUACAAGCCAUCAAAGAUGCGAUGGUGAGCGGGGGCAGAGGUAUCAGUACUCAUUCUGGCCACUGGUAUAAUUGCGUCAAUGGGCACCCCUUUGCGAUUGGCGAGUGUGGGAUGCCUAUGCAGCUGGCUCGUUGUCCCGAGUGUGGUGCACCUAUUGGUGGCCAGAAUCACACAGCUGUGGAUGGGGUUAGUAGGGCUACGGACAUGGAGAAUUAG